AUGCCCUACGAAUUUAUUAUUUCAAAAAAAGUCGUAAUUAUUGGAUGCCUUAUUAGUACCACAUGUUUACUCUAUUUUCUAUUUGUAAACUCGUUACAACAGUUAAAUGGAUCAACUUAUUCUCCUGUUAGAGUAGAACAUUACAAACGAAAUUAUGACGAAUUCAUUAUUGCUGAUCCGAGAGGAAGUUCCAAAGUAAAAUUAAACGUCUCUCAUGCAUUCAUCACUUCUAUAUACUACUAUCCGACUUCUAAAAGUCUCGGUUCGAAUGCAGUUGCAUUCAAUAUGGCUAUUGAUCAACGUAGCAAUCAAAUGAGAAACCAUACAUUCAAUGUCAUUGGCACAAACUCUUCAACUUCUCUUUUUUCGACUGCCACGUCACAAGCAGAAGGAGUGGGAAACUGUCGGUAUACGACACUGAUGGGAAGAAUAAACACAGUGGAGAACCUGGAAAAGUUGGAAAUUGAAUCGAAUGGAGUUACAGUUGAGGUCCCAUUCAAAAUGGCUCGCUAUUCUGCUCCAAAGCCAGUAAUAAUCUGCAUUUCUCCACAAUUCGUAGCCGAACAAUGGCAGAUUUUUAUGAUGCAUGUGAAUGCAGCUAAUCGAUUCGGUGGACAUCUUCACGUGUAUCUCACUUCUAUCAUCGAAUCAUAUUUUGAGUUGAUGAAAGUAUACGAACGAGAAGGAUAUCUUACUUUAGAUUAUUGGUUGAGAAUGAAAUUAAUGUCGACUGAAUCUCCAUACUUUGAUCCAAAUUCAAAUAUUGAAUGGAGAAAUCAGGCAGGAGCAGAGACAGAUUGUCUUCUUCAAUACAAGGAAGCAGCUGAAUAUAUUGCAUUCUUUGAUAUGGAUGAUAUCUUAUUCCCUAAAAACUAUCCGACUUAUCUGGAAGAAUUCAAUGCAGUUCUUGCUGCUAACCCGGGAACAAAUUACAUGUUCUAUGGAAGAAGAGAGCAUGAGUUCGUCAAAGCACCCACAUUGUCUGAAUUCAGUUUCGUGGACCUUGUUGCAAGCCUCCGCUCAUCAAUAGUUGUGAAACGUGGAAAAGUUGUUGUGAGACCAGAAGCCUACAACUCCACGUGGAUUCAUUAUAGUAAACAUGUAACUUUUAUGACACGAGCCAAUGUGACAAGUCCAACACUUGUUCAUGUUCAAUUGCCAGUUGAGAAAAAUGGGAAGAGAAAGAAUAAAUCGAGGGAUAUGUGGAAAAUUUCAUUUGGAAAACUGAAAGAAACAAUUCGGGAAGAUGAUAUCAAAGCAAUAGAGGAGGACAUUUACAGAAUAAGAAAUCUGAGUUCAACAAUGACUUUGGCAUCUAACCUUCCAAGUUCUGAUUUCUACCUUCCUAUUGUCUUCAAAUGUUAUUAUGACGCUUUCUACGGACCGGCAUUCGAUCAUAAACCUGGUGGUUUUGGAUGUCCAAAUGCAGAUUUCUGUCAAUUACCUCAAAGAGAUGACUAUAAAUGUAUUCAUUCAGAUGCAAAAUAUUACUCUGGACCUUAUAUGAAACCUGUCACUUAUCAUUUUACGACUGACUCAUUUUGGUCUAAAAAUAUCGGGUGUUAUCAAUGA